CAUACUACGAACGCUACUUGAGCAGCGUCCAUCUCUUAUAACUACAAAAUAAGCGUCGUUUUUAAGCAAACUGUUUCAGAAUGGAGGAAAUUCACGAUUUUCAAUUCAUUUUACCAUUAAAAAAUAAUGAUUUACUUAACUCACGCGGCGAUCAGUACUAUGUGCAGCAGGUAUAUACUACCAGCGAAAUACCCGAGCAGUUACUCGCAUGUAAAAAUAAGUUGCAGCAGCGUGAUCCAUUUUAUAUAUUCGAACAUUUUGAUACCUAUUAUUCGGUAAUAGAAACAUCUGCAAAUGAGCCAACUGCCAUGCGAAAUCUGAAGCGUGCCUUCGACCUUUUGUAUCUUACUGUGGAUAGAUUAGGAGAAGAGCUAACGCUGCUGUUAGCCAACAGCGAGCCGCCGUCCUCACAGGAUCGUGUGCGCUAUUUGAAUCUCACCAAAAUGACUAUGUACUUGUUUGUCAAUGUAGUGAAGCGCAUUGACUUCGUUGUCCACCAGGCGAUGCGAGAUCAGCAGCUGAACCAGCAGAAAAAGCGCGCCAAACAAGGCGAGGUAUUGGAGCAAUAUCCUGAUUGGGAUAUUAAGCGUGGCAAGUUUUUGGUCCAGCUUUAUAAUAUUCUACAAUGUCCCUUAGAAAAACUGUGGAGUCCACCUGUUGCCGAAGAAAACUUUGUAACCCUGUUGUGCGAUAUUUGCUAUCGUACUUUGGAAUCGGUUCCUCCUCGAUCGGAUAACCGACAUAUUAUUGAGACAGUUUUCCAAAUCUUUGGCAUUGCUAUCAAGCGAUAUAAUCACGCCAUAACUUUUCCGGCUCGUAUAUUGCAAAUACUUCGGAGUACUGAGCAUGCUGCAACGGCUGUAGCAAACGGCAUUUUGUUGCUACACGAGGAGUACGGCAUAUCGACCGUCUUCUCAAUACUGAUGAAAGAUGUUGUAGAAGCCCUCACACUGGACACAUCGGAUACGGCGGUCUCGCGCAACUUUUCUAAUUUCCUUGCCGAGUUCGCAGGCAUUGCGCCCAAGUUAAUGAUACCACAUCUUUCCCAAUUGGGCGAUGAUAUGCUCGACUGCGAGUCGCAUGUGCUGCGCAACUGUGUAUUGCAGAUAAUGGGCGAUGCUGUUGUCGGUGAGCUGACGUCUGAGGAACUCGACGAUGACAUGAAAGAGGCGCGCAACGAAUUUCUCGAUCAUUUGCUGGACCAUGUCAAUGACGUAUCGGCACAUGUUAGAUCAAAGGUUUUACAGAUUUGGCAUCACCUGAAUACGCAACAUGCAAUACCGCUCUGUUUUCUGGUCAAAGUGCUGCGCGAGGCAGUCUAUCGUCUGGAGGAUAAGAGUUCAAUGGUGCGAAAGUCAGCCAUACAGCUGAUAAAAGCAUUUCUCGAAAACAAUCCAUAUUCGGGAAAGUUAAAGCUUGAGGAAUUAAUCAAGAACCAUGAGAAGGAAGUUAAGGUCAUGGAACAAUUGGAUGAAGUGCUAGAUAAGGAGCGUGACCAAUACAAGAAGAUGGACGAGCAAUGGGAUAUAAUUGCGCCGGAGCUGUUGCCCAUUAUUGAAGAAAAUCUUCGCUUGUUUCCAGAUCUGGAGUUCAACAAGGAGGAGGAGUACGAUGAGAUAGUGAAAAAGGUUUUAGAGCUUCUGUUGGACAAGAAUUACAAGGACGCCACAGUGCUAGUGCGAAAGGCAGACUUUGCUGCGGGCAACGAUCAAUUGAAUCAACUGCUCAAGCCGGAAGAGCGUUGUGUGUAUUUUAUGGCCCUAUUCAAAACGUUUCUCUCACUGGCCAAUGGAUGCAAGGAUAGCUCCGAGGAAAUGCAGAAGCAAAUAAAAACUGUUGAGUUUCUAAAGGACAGCAUCGAGUUCUCGCAAGUGGCGACGGGCGCAAUGCCCAAAAUGAUGGAACUGCUGCUCUCGAAGACAAACACGGACGUGUUUGAGGCAGUGGACCUUUUCACAACGGGCUAUCUCUUUGGCAUACACGGCACCGAUGCGGGUAUGCAGCGGAUGUUGAGUCUGGUCUGGUCGUCCGAUAAGGAGAAACGCGAUGCAGUUUGCAAUGCGUACCGCAAGGUGCUUUUUACCACAGAUAAAUCAGAGCGCGCUCAUGCCAUUAAGGUAGUGCAGAAUCUAUCAAAGUUUCUCUCGGAGAUCGAGUACGGACACUACACGGCCAUGGAAACAUUGAUGGGCGAAUGGGUGGGCAGCGAGGACAUAGAUGCGCUCAUUAUUCAGGUGCUAUUCGAACGCUUUACUCUUAAGCUGGAGGGCACCACGAACGACGAGUCCCGCUUGGCUCUGCAGCUGCUGAUUAUGGCGUCGCAGGCGAAAUCUACAAUAGUCUCCGCCAAUCGUGCCAUCAUUGAGGAUAUAGCAACAGGAGCGCGUGUGAAACAGGAUCCACGCAUCUACACCAGCUGCUUACAGCUCUUAGUCAACGGCAUCGAUGCUAACAACAACACAAAGUAUUAUAAGCGCUGCGCCAGCGAUGGCAAAUUUGUGCAGCAAAUUACGCAGCUUUUCCUGGCCUUUUUCUUUCAUCCGCAAUUGCCGGACUUCGAUGCGCUGGCUAUGAGUCUGUUUGAGUAUUAUUAUCGUAUGUGCCAGGCGCCCGAUGAGCUGGCUCAGAAUAUUGUACGCGAACUGAUUGAGCGCUUUAACGAUCAGUGGCUGGUAGCAGUGUCGCCCGUGGAGCCGACGCUGACGCAGACGACAGACAUUCCACAUUCGCAGGCGUUGCCCAUGUCCCAGACACAGUCGCAGCCCAAAGCAGCCGAAGAUCAGGCGGUUGGACUGCCUGUAUAUUUGGUUACACGGUUUCUGUUCUGUGUUGGUUAUAUGACCAUCAAGGAGAUGAUAUUCUUGGAUAUGGAUGUCUACAACAACAUGAAGUAUCGUGAGGAGCUCACAGCUCUGGAAGAGAAGAAGAAUAAAAAAGAUGCAGGCACCGCCCUUCGGCGCCAGACAAUGAAUGUCUCGGCGAUGGAGGUAAGGAAGCGCCUGUCAACCGUAGCCGCCGAGCCGCAGCAGGAGCCGGAUGACGAUUUGGUGGGCGCGACGGCAGAGGAUAACAUUGCCGAGGAGAUUAACGCCAUUUGCGAGGAUAUUCUGCUGUAUAAUCCGAGUGCGCUUAUGUCCAAGAUCUAUCCCAUUAUAAUUAACAUAUGCAAGCGACCUGGCGAGUAUCGCGAUCAGGAUUUGCAACAGGCUGCGACUCUGGCACUGGCGCGCCUGAUGACGGUCUCCUCUAAGUUCUGCGAGUCGAACAUGUCCUUCCUCAUGAACAUUCUGAAUAUGACGAAGAACAUGAAGAUCAAGUGUAAUACGGUGGUAGGCUUGUCGGACCUGACAUUCCGUUUCCCGAACAUUAUUGAGCCCUGGACAGGACACUUUUAUGCCCAGCUGCACGAAGAGAAUACGGAACUUCGUCUGACCGCCGUGAAGAUGCUUUCGCAUCUAAUUCUACACGAAAUGAUACGGGUCAAGGGUCAAAUAGCCGACUUGGCACUGUGCAUUGUCGACGAGUGCGACGAGAUAAAAAAUAUUACCCAACAGUUCUUCAAGGAGAUAGCCAACAAGUCGAACAUACUGUAUAACGUUCUGCCUGACAUCAUCUCCAAAUUGGGCGACGUCAAUCUGCACCUGGAGGAGGAUAAAUAUCGCACGGUUAUGCGCUAUAUACUGGGGCUCAUUCAAAAGGAUCGCCACAUCGAGACGCUGGUGGAAAAGUUGUGCCUGCGAUUCCCGGUCACACGAGCAGAGCGCCAGUGGCGCGAUAUUGCCUACUGUCUAAGUCUGCUUAGCUACAAUGAGAGAUCCAUCAAGAAGCUGAUUGACAAUAUGCAGCACUUCAAGGACAAGGUGCAGGUGGACGAGGUCUAUCAAUCCUUUAAGCUCAUCAUCAGCAACACCUCGAAACUGGCCAAACCGGAACUGAAAGCGGUCAUCACGGAGUUCGAGACGCGCCUCAACGAGUGCCUUCAGGUCAACGAACAGGGCACCAGUGCCCAGUCUGAUAAAAGUCACAGCGACACGAAGGCAAAGAAUACCAAGUCGAAAAAACCAACUACCAAAUCGCAGCGCGGACGCAGAUUAGUUAAGGGUGCAGCGGGCAAUGUCAGUAGACGUGGACGGAACGUGCAACAAGACAGCAGCUCCGAAGAAGAAAGCUCCGAGGAGGACAGCUCCGACGAUAGCUCCGAUGGCGACGAGGUGCCCACAGCGCGUCGUCCGCAGCCCCAGAACAAACAGCAGCGAGGCAAAAAGCCAGCGCCGUCGUCUGGCUCGAGCGAAAUGUCCGAGGAAGAAUUGCCAAGACCCAUCAAAAAACAGACCGCCAGGCGAGGGCGCAAAUGAUAUCGGUGGAAACCUGGACACGCAUUUUGUAUUCAUAAACUUA